UAGCAACUUCAUCUCACUAGGACCUUCCAUUUCUAAACCAGAUGUGACUACCUUAUUGGAUGAAGGGAAGGAGCCCUGGAUGGUUGUAAGGGAAGGGACAAGAAGACAUCACCCUGGGGACAUGGGUUCGAUCCCUGGUCCAGGAAGAUCCCUCAUGCCAUGGAGCAACUAAGCCCAUGCGCCACAACUACUAAGCCUGUGCGCCACAACUACUGAAGCCUAAGUGCCUAGAGCCCAUGCUCUGCAACAAGAGCAAUGAGAAGCCUGCACACUGCAACCAAGAGUAGCCCCUGCUCGCUGCAGCUAGAGAAAGCCCACGUGCAACAACGAAGACCAAACGCAGCCAAAAAUAAAAUAAACUUUAAAAAAUAACUUGGAAAAAAAAUAACUUGGAAUUAUUUUCUUAUUUUUAAUGUGCUGGGCUACUUUAAAUAUUGUGCUACAUGCUUUCUAAAGUUUUGAUAAUCUUCAAGAUAGUUUUUGGAGAAGGUCUUUGACUACUUUCUCUAUAUUUUCUUAGAAAAUUACCCUUUAUUGCCACAGUAGUUCCUUACGAUUUUCAAAAUAUUCUGUUUUAUUAAUAAUUUGUUAGUGUCAAGAAGUGUAAAGGGUCUGAAAUUUUACCCUACUUGCAAGCUAACAAGUAGCCUACAGCAGUGUCAUGGAUGCUGGCAGAAGACACAAGACUCCUAAUCCAAAGGCAGAGGAUUUUAUUGCUCAAAGCACAACAAGCAGCAUGAACAUCAACAUAUUUGCCUUGUUCCUCUCUGCGCACAAGUUCCAUGGGGGUGAUGCGGAUGGUCCAGGUAGAUACGUGAGCAUUCAGUGAGCUGCAUUAUGGGAGAGGACCCGGAGUUUAGAGAACCCAAAUCUUUCAUAAUGGGUAAUACACAUGCAUGACCUUUGCUUUGAGGGAGAUACUACCUUUAUUAUAUUGAACAGUUAGCAAACCUGUAGGUUGAUUUAGAGAGAGAGAGUAUCUCUGCCUUCCAAGGGUAUUUGUUAUACAAACAUUCUCAAAAUGAUAGUCCAGAAAAAAGGUAGUCAGUGUUUCUGCUUGCAAGAUAUGCUCUGAUACCUAGUUGCUGUUUUUUAUUUUGUUUGAAUGCUUUCCUUUUUUUCCUUAAAAAAAAUAUAUUUUUUUAAUUUAUUAUUUUUGGCUGUGUUGGGUCUUUGUAGCUGUGCACGGGCUUUCUCUAGUUGUGGCGAGCGGGGGCUGCUCUUCGUUGCGGUGCAUGUGCUUCUCAUUGCGGUGGCUUCUCUUGUUGCAGAGCACGAACUCUAGGAACGCAGGCUCAGUAGUUGUGACUUAUGGGCUCCAGAGCCCAGGCUCAGUAGUUUUGGUGCACGGGCUUAGUCGCUCCAUGGCAUGAGGGAUCUUCCUGGAUCAGGGAUUGAACCUGUGUCCCCUGCAUUGGCAGGCAGAUUCUUAACUGCUGUGCCACCAGGGAAGUCCCUCCUGUUUUUUCUUAUUAUCUUAGCAGUUGGUUAAUAUAUUUCAUUUAAUUUUUUCAAACAACCUGGGUUUUUCACUUGCAUAUUAAUUUCAUUAUUUUACUGUUAUCUAAUUAAUGGAAUUCUGCAUUUAUUUUAAUUUAUUUUCUCCUGGGUUCCUCAGUAUACUUUGUUGUUCUUUUCUUAAGUUUUGAGUGGGAUACUCAUAUAUUUUUUUCUUUCAUUUCUAUUGCUCUAUUUAAAUGUAUUGAUGAAUUUUCUUCUAAGAUCUGUAGCUGUAUUUCAUAGAUUCUUGAUAAUGUGGUGUUUUCAGUAUUCUAGAAAUUCGUCAAUUUUUUUAAAUUUAGUAAAUAGUUUUAAAUUUUUGAAGUGAAGAUGUCUCUUGGUUUUAAGAUUUUAUUUCUCAUUUUGUUUCACAGUGAUCAAGCAAUGAUUUGAGUCAUUUCAACAGUUUUAUACAUUUAUACGGUAGUCACAGAAAAAUACUUUCCUAUCUCUCCUAUCCCAUCUUCUCCCAUCUCUUUUCUUACUUCAUUUGCAUUUAGAUAUUCUUCACUCAAGUCCCCCAUCUGGGUCACUGUCUUCAAGCCCACAUCUAACAUAGCCUUUAUUUGUACUCUCUUGUACUCAGGUGAUACCAAAUCCCAUUCCAUAGUUGACAGCCAUUCUUCUGUACUCAAUAUCUACACAUGCCUUUUUGCUCAGGAUUUCAUAAGCCUGUCAAUAUUAGCAUGAUUGAAAAAUAUUUGAGAUCAUUCUCUGGGAAGUACGAAAGUUUCUGCGGCUAUGUAGGAUUGGAGAGGAGCACCUAGGGAAGAUAUGGAGGAACAAGUGUUUGAGUAAAUGUAGCACUGAUGUAGUAAUUGUAUGAACUCUGGUGGAGAUAAGCAAGUCAUUGUAGUACAGUAUAAAAGAUUAGAGGCAGGGCCUCCCUGGUGGUGCAGUGGUCACAAAUCCACCUGCUAGUGCAGGGGACACCAGUUUGAGCCCUGGUCUGGGAAGAUCUCACAUGCUGCGGAGCAGCUAGACCCGUGCACCACAACUACUGAGCCUGCACUCUAGAGCCCACAAGCCACAACUACUGAGCCCACGUGCCACAACUACUGAUGCCUGCAUGCCACAACUCCUGAAGCCUGCAUGACACAACUACUGAAGCCUGAGCACCUAGAGCCCGUGCUCCACAACAAGAGAAGCCACCUCAAUGAGAAGCCCGCGCACUGCAAUGAAGAGUAGCCCCUGCUCACUGCAACUAGAUAAAGCCUGCGCACAGCAACAAAGACCCAACACAGCCAGAAAUAAAAUAAAUAAAAAAAAAGAUUUGGAGUCCAGAUACAGGACCAACACUUUAUCUCCAGAAAAGGACAUUUAUGAAAUAUAUUCAUUCCAGUGGGAGAUAAUGGAAAGAAUUAAAAGCUAUGGCCUUCAAGACUCCUUUUUUAGAAAUGAUUGGGAAUGCAAAAGCAAGAUUGAGGGGCAAAAGGAACCACAAGAGCGAUAUUUUGGGCAAGUGAAAAUUGCUUCUGAAAAAAUGUCCACUUACAAAAGGCAUAAUCUUCUUGCUGAGUAUCAGAGAAUUCAUAAUGGAGAAAAGUUAUAUGAAUGUAAGGAAUGUAGGAAGACCUUUAUUCGUCGCUCAACACUUAGUCAACACCUGAGAAUUCAUACUGGUGAAAAACCUUACAAAUGUAAAGAAUGUGGGCAGGCCUUUAGACAGCGUGCACACCUUAUUAGACAUCACAAACUUCAUACUGGUGAGAAACCCUAUGAAUGUAAGGAAUGUGGGAAGGCCUUUACAGUCCUCCAAGAACUUACUCAACAUCAGAGACUUCAUACUGGUGAAAAGCCCUAUGAAUGUAAGGAAUGUGGGAAGGCCUUUAGAGUACAUCAGCAGCUUGCUCGACAUCAGAGAAUUCACACUGGUGAGAAGCCCUAUGAAUGUAAGGCAUGUGGGAAGACUUUUAGGCAGUGUACACACCUUACUCGACAUCAGAGACUUCAUACUUCUGAGAAGCUCUAUGAAUGUAAGGAAUGUGGGAAGGCCUUCGUAUGUGGUCCAGACCUUAGAAUACAUCAGAAAAUUCAUUUUGGGGAGAAGCCCUAUGAAUGUAAGGAAUGUGGAAAGGCUUUUAGAAUAUGCCAACAGCUUACUGUCCAUCAGAGUAUUCAUACUGGUGAGAAACCCUAUGAAUGUAAAGAGUGUGGGAAGACUUUUAGAUUAAGGCAACAACUUGUUCGCCAUCAGAGAAUUCAUACUCGUGAGAAACCCUAUGAAUGUAUGGAAUGUUGGAAGACCUUUAGUAGUUACUCACAACUUAUUUCCCAUCAGAGCAUUCAUAUUGGUGAGAGACCUUAUGAAUGUGAAGAAUGUGGGAAGGCCUUUAGACUACUCUCACAACUUACUCAACAUCAGAGUAUUCAUACUGGUGAGAAACCUUAUGAAUGUAAGGAAUGUAGAAAGCCUUUUAGAUUGCUCUCACAACUUACUCAACAUCAGAGUAUUCAUACUGGAGAGAAACCUUAUGAAUGUAAGGAAUGUGGUAAAGCUUUUAGACUUUAUUCUUUUCUUACUCAACACCAGAGAAUUCAUACUGGUGAGAAACCCUACAAAUGUAAGGAAUGUAAGAAGGCCUUUAGACAACAUUCACACCUUACUCAGCAUCAGAAAAUUCAUAAUGGAAUUUAAUACAAGAAGGCUUUCAAAUGUACAUGUUACAGAACAUCAGAAAAUUCAUUUUUGAGAAAAUUUGUUUCAUGCUCAUAACUAAGCAUUAAGAAGUUUAUAUUUCAGAAAAAAUUGUUGCUUUAAAACCUUCCACCACCAUUCAGACAUUGUAUAUCUUCAGCAAAUUUAUAUGAGGAAAUAAUAUAAUGAAUGCAGGAAAACCUUUAGCGUUAUCUAUCAUUAUCACCAUUUCACCCCUUUAUUACCAGUGUGUUAUUAGAUAAGGUACUUAAAUUUCUGUGCCUCAUUUUGCUCACUUGUAAAAUGGUGAUAGUAGUACCUAUGUAUAUUAGUUAUUUAUUGCUGUGUAAUAAAUUACCACAAACUUAGUAGCUUAAAAUAAUACACAUUAUCUCAGUUUCUGUGGGUCAGGAAUCUAGGCAUAACUUAGUUGGGUUCUCUGCUUCAGGGCCUCUCACAAGGCUAAAAUCAAGAUUUCAAUCAUGGCUGAGUCUCAUUGGAAGGCUCAACUGGGGAAGGGAUGCACUUCCAACCUCAUGUGGUUGUUGACUGAAUUAAUUCACUGAGGGCUGUUGCGCUGAGGUCCUCAGUUUCUAGCUGGCUGUUGGCUAAAUGCUGACUUCAAUUCCUUGCUACAUGGGCCUCUUCAAGGUGGCUGCUUACUUCAUCAGAGUGUGCAAGCCAAGGAAGCAAGAGGCUGCUAGCAUCAAAGAAGCUAUCGUCUUGUGUAAUCUAAUCAUUGAAAUGACAUUAUUUCAUCACCUUUUCUAUCUUCUUUUGGUUAGAAGCAAGGAACUAGGCCACCCUACACUCAAGGGAACAGGCUUACACAAGAGUAUGAAUGCCAGGAGGAAGGGACCACUGGGGCCAAUUCAGAGUCAGCCUGCUACAUCAUGUAAUAGAAUUGUUGUGAGGAGUGAGUAGUUAAUACUUGGAAAAAUAGCAGCCACAUAGCAUGUUUUCUGUAAAUAUUACCUAUAGUUGUUAUUAACAUCAUUAGUAUUAGUGAAUUCAUAUGAGAGGAAUAUCCUAUAGAAGUAAUAAAUGUAGAAAUGCCUCCUGUCACUGCUCAGCACUUACUAAACUUAAGAUAAUUUAUUCUGGAUAAAAUCUAGGAGGUUAUACUGAAUGUGAGAAGUUCUUCAUCACUUGAGCUGCAUCCAAAAUUUCAUGCUGAAAAGAAACCUUAUGAAUUUUACGAAUAUGAGGUUGUUAAGAGUAUAACUAUUGGAAGAAUCAAAGAGAAAUACGAAAUUAUUUUCCCAUAAUAAAUUCCAAAGAGUAAAUGUUUUAUAAUCUCUCAUCUCUGACCACCAUUCAAUUAAUUAGAAAUUAUCAAAAAGGUGGCAUAAAGGAACUAACCACUUGGAAAUUUAAUUGUGUGUGUGUGUGUGUGUGUGUGUGUGUGUGUAUGAUACUCUUGUAUAAAAGAAAGAAAACAUUCCAUUACAGUCAAUAUACUUUUUGAUGCUCAAAUUGCCCCAUCUUCAGCCAGUGGGAGUUGGGUCUUUUCACAUGAUCCCAAUAGCAGUUUGAUAAUUUGCUCAGUUAUGGCUGCUAUGGGAAAUGCUUGGGUACCAACUCAUUAUUCUGAAAACCAAUAAAUAAAUGGAAAAAUAAGUAUUUAUUUUGCUUUUCCCAUGUGAAUCAAGUUUCAGAGUCACCCAAAACUCAUCAAAUUAAUUUUUUUUUAAUUUAAGAAAUCUCACCAGUAAAUACAGAAAAAUUGAUAGGAUUAGAAAAAUUUUCUAGUUCCUAAUGGAAUAAUGGGUCCAGAAAAUGAUCUUCAGUGGAUAUUAAAACUAUUUGGGAAAAAGUUUAUAGUGAGAACGUUACAUUGGAUUUAUCAAGCUGACCACCUCUGAGCCCUUUAUUCAAUUUUAACGUCUAUAAAGGUGGGACUAUCAGACAAUAGGCACCUCCUGAUACAAUGCAAUUAGGAAGUACAUACCACUACCUAUGAAGUCUUAUUGCCAGAAUAAUGAACUGAAGGAAUCAAACCUUUAAAUCAAAAAUUUUAAAGCCAAGAAUUUGGGGAAUAGAUGAAAAAGUAAAUGGCACCGCAAGGAAGCAGCCAAGCAGAUCCAGAAUGUGUAAAAUUCUACAAAACAAAUGACCUGAUUUCUUCAACUAAUGAGUGGCAUGAAAAAGAAAAGAAGGGCACUGUUAACAGAUUAAAAAAGAUGAGGCAUAUCAACUAAAUUCAAUAUGUGGGUAUUAUUUGGACCCAGAUUGAACAAAAUGUAAAACAACAUUUUGGAGACUGGGGGAAAUCUGGACAUGCACUGAGUAUUAAAUGAUUUUUAGAAAUAUUAGAUUUGUUUGUUAGGGAUGAUAAUGUCAAUGUGGUUAUUAAAAGAUAGAACAUCCUAUGUGUUAGAGAUACAUAUAUAUGAAAUAAGAUACCCAGAUUUGCAUUAAAAUAACUCCAGCAAAAGAAAAAGAAAGCAAAUUGGCAAAGAGCUAGAAAGUAGAUUAGCAAAAUGUUGAUAAUUACUGAAGUAGAGUAGCUGUUUAUGGAGGGUUCAUUGUUUUAACAUUUUUACCUUUUUAUGUAUUUGAAGUAAUAUUUAAAAUCAAAGCUGAAAUUAUACACUACUUAAGAAAUGAUUGUUAAUGAGAUGCCUGCAUAUCUAAAUUUGUCAGAUGUAACCAAAGUUCUAUUCAGUGAGAAAUGUGUGCCCCCGAAUGCAUUAAGGAAACUUCGUUUGUGGGCCCAGUCUUCAUCUUCUUCACUUACCUGCAGCAAUCAGUGCUGGGCCUGUCAUGUAGAUAAAUGUAUUAAAGGAAUGAAUAAGCAUUUAUGUCAAGAAACAAGAAACAGAACAAAGUCAAACCAACACAAGAGAAGCAAAGUACAAUUGAAAGUAGAAAUUAAGAGAUUAGACACUAGUAGACUUCCAAUGUUAAUGACUGUAUCUUGGCAGGUCUAAUCAAGGAAAAGAAAAUGAAAUAUAAACAUUCAGCAUUAUGAUAAAAGUGAUUACAGAUUAUCAAUAAAUUUUCCUUUUAAUUAUAAGGUAACACUGUAUGUACUAUAUGUAUUCCAAUAUAUGUAAAAAUACAGGUGGAUUACAUUUUCUUCUCUAUAAGUAUGUUAUCACAAUUGACUGUGCUCUAGAACCCACAGACCAACAAAUAAAUGUGUGUGUGUACGAAGUUCCUGUUUAAGGAAAAAAUCUGAUAGUUGUGUAGGUAAAAACCUUAAGAAUAGAUAAUCCUUAACAAGAUUUUACUAAUUAAUUUUACACAGGUGAAAUAAUCUGAUACAAAACUAGAUGAAGAUAAAGAGCAAAAUCUAGACCAACUUCACUUAUGAAAAUUCUAUUCUUCAUAAUUCUAAAUAGUUAUAUUUAGAAUUUCUUACAAAAUCAGUCUUCACUAAUAGGCCAGUGUUUUGCCUUUCCCAAGUACAAAGUAGCUCCAGAAGACCAGUGUUUAACCAACAUUCUCCACAAGUUUGCUUCAGAGAAUACUAGUCCUUGAUGAUAUUUUAAAAAAUAUAUCUGGGGAAAAACUGUAAAUGAAACAAAGGAUAAAGUAUCUACUUCUGGGGGAAAUCCGAGUACACAUUAUCAGCUUGUCGAAAGAUGUAUUAAAGAAAUUUUCAUUUAACAUAGUGUAUCUCAAAUUUACUUCAUUGUGCACUUCUCACUCCAAAUACCUUUUAACACCUUUAGAAUGUGAACCACUUUGGUAGAUGCUACCAUAACCACAAUGAAUGUCUUCAAGGAUGUCAUUUCAGACAUGGUGAGUGAUUGUGUUGGGAAGGGGUGAGGAAGGGCACUUUUCUUUUGCAGCUCACAUUAUACUCUGAAAGCAGCUUCCUGCUUGAAUGGAAGGCUAGUGAUUUUCUAUAGAAUGGAAAAGAUUCCAGCCUGGUGCUUGAUAAUGUAUGUAUUAAACAUGCUUAAAUAUUCUAUUAAACAGUGAUUAGGACAAAAUGAUUUUUCAUUGUAAUAAAAAUGCUAUAUUGAA